GGGAAGGUGCCCUACCACCGCAGAGCCGUCACCGGCAGCGAGUACGCCGAUAUCAACGCCCUCGUUCACAGGGAGCUCAAAAAGGCGCCGCGCUUCCUCGCCGCCUGCUGCGAGUCUGACGGGACCGACCUGGUCACCCUCACCACAGCCCCACGGGGCUUCAAGUCUGGUGACCGCGUCACCUGGUUUGUUCUUUUCCACAAUGUGCCUGGCACCGGCUACUACCUGUCCCCAGUGGGGCUGGAGGUGCUGGUGGACCAUGCGGACCUCCACGUCUCCCGGUGGCAGCUGCGCAAAGUCUUCUACAACGGCCGGUACUUUGCCAGCACGGGGGAUCUG